AUGCCGUCCUAUUUCCCGACAGGCGAAACUUCUACUUCGCUGGAGAAUUGGCUGUGGAGAGGCCACGAUUUACUACACUCAGAAAUAAUUCAACGAAUUUUGUCGCCGGCGCUAGUUCGGCGACAGGUGUGGCGAUUAGGGCCGAAUUAUGUCACUUCUCCGAUGAGCUCAUUUCUUUUGUGGACGAAAACCCUGUGGCAAGGAUGUUGUACAGUGCAAUGGAUCUCAUCGAAAGCUGAAUUCGGUCCAUUGAAUCUGUUGAUGGCGAACGAACUGAUCUUGUCCUGGUCAGAUCAUCCAACCAAACCACCAGUUGGCUGUCCCAAUUAUGCUCUCUGCAUCGACAACAACUACGAUACAACAAAUACCAUGUAUUAUGAUUGCGGGCCAAAUUAUUGUGGGGUAAUUGUGCAACGAUGGAACGGCCGACCACCUCUUGCUAGCCAUGUUUUUACACGAAGAAGGCGUAUACUUGUGCAUCGAACACCACAAAUAAAUGGUUUGUUGCCUGGUUGUGUAUUGGGUAAGGGAAUGGUGGGACCAACAGCAUGUACCCAUUACAUCAACAAUUAUGAUUGUCAAUGUCAGAGUGGAUGGACGGGAACUGAUUGUACACAAGAUGCUGACACGACGAUCAACCCGUGCAUCAAGAUGAAGGCUGCGGACACGAACAGCACGGUGGAAGAUAUGGGGAAAGAACCGCCGCCUUCUCAGGAGAUUUACUAUGCACAAUUCAAUAUGCUUACAAAAGCCAAAGUUUAUGUACAAUAUAGAUGCAUUUCUAAACAAGCGUGUGUCCCGAGUCCAUGUCACGGGAGUGUUUGCCGAAACACAACCGGUUUCAAUUUCUACGAAUGUGACUGUAAAGCCGGAUGGACUGGACAAGAUUGUGAUAUUCAAUUGCAUUGCCAACCAGCCGACCCAGCUGAUUAUCCAUGCAAAUAUGGUGGAAUGUGUGUCGAGAAGAGUGACUCCCCGGGCUUCACAUGUGAAUGUCUCAGUCGGUACACGGGCGAUGAUUGCAGUAUUCCCAACAUGUGUCUGACUUCGUUAGGCUUGAAUCCAUGUAUUAAUGGUAAUUGCUCAAUCAACAAAGAUGGCUUCAAUUCAACGUAUGAGUGCACAUGUGAGGCUGGAUGGACGGGACAGAAUUGCGACAUAUAUUUUGAUUUUUGUAAUCCACAACCGUGCCUCUGGGGUGGAUCGUGCUCGAAUUAUCGACCACUCGGCAUUCCAACGUAUCCAUGGAUGAAAUGCGACUGUCAACCGGGAACUUUUGGUGAUAAAUGCGAGACGAAUCCGGACAAUUGCCCAGUCGAUAAAUGCAAUGCAACAGAUAAAGCGGCUAAAUGCAUUGACGGAUUCGACGAUUUCACGUGUGUCUGCUCGCCCGAUUACACGAAUAAAUAUUGUGACAUUCCUGUAAUCGUCUACGACGCGAUUCGUCUCAUUUUCGGUGAAGAUGCCACAGUCAGCGAUGAUGUUAUUCAACUCCUAAAAGACCUUGUAAGCAAUCCGACGAACAUCAAAGACAUGGUGCCGUUCAUUUUGGGGUUAGAGACAGAAGAUGAAAGAGGUGACAAGAGUUGGGACUACAAUGACAUGUUCAAAUGGGUUGCCUAUGAGGAGAGAACAUUGAACUUACAGCAAGAUCUGCUGAAAUGGAAUGAUGUGACGCUGGGAAAUUGUUUCACUUUCAAUCAUCGAAACAACACAAAAGCACAGUAUCUGGCCAGGAUGAGUGGGAAAGCUGGAAGCCUUGAAGCUAUGUUGAGUGUGAACAGUGAGGAGAAUUGUCCUUGGAUCGACACAGAAGCUAUUCAAGUAUUUGUACACCCGGCUGAAGAAGACAUUUUCUCUGAGUCCGUUCGUUACAAUGCACAACCAGGCGGUGAAGCUGAACUAUUUCCUAAAUUGACAGCUUAUCAACGGCUGGGUGGCCGAUAUGGUCGAUGUGUAACUGAAACGAGUCAAGUGAAACAGUACUUCUACUCGGGCUCAUAUGCAACCGAUGGUUGCCUUCGUUCAUGCUAUCAACAAGCUGUUUUAGUCAGCUGUAGUUGUAUGGACCCACGAUAUCCGAUGGAUAAAACCGCUAAACCGUGUCCAUUGGAGAAAAGAAAAUGCGUGGAAGAUCUAGUGGCCGAGAGGGGUGAUCCAUCAAAAUGGAAAGAUUGUGUCUGUCCAUUGCCUUGUGCAAAUCGUGCCUACACUGUUUCUUGGACUAAAUCUGUAUUCACGGCAAAGAAGCCCCAAUGUGCCGUUGUUGAUCCGACAUUCAAUACGAGCGCCUGUAUCUCUACGUAUAAGGACACCGUUCGUGUUCGGGUUCUCUUGCCUGAUUUCGGCUUUCAAUUGUUUGAAGAGGUGCCGGUGAUGUCGUUCAACUCAUUCAUCGGAAAUCUCGGUGAGAUUCUCGAUCAUCCAUCGAUUGUUACAGCUCAAAAUGAAGCUGGUUAUUUACUUUCAAAGGCUAUGAAAACUCCCGAAUGCCCAGUGUGCCGAGAAGAGUAUGUAAUUGAUUUGGAGCAACGAAAACCGUAUGAUUUGUGUUGUCGACACGCUGUUUGCAAUCGUUGUUUCCUGGAGUUGAGCACCUCAUCGAAUGACCCGGAAUUCCCAUGGCAUGUAGUGUGUCCAAUUUGUAAGGAUGAUCGGCGACAUGCGAUGAAAUCGAGGAAAAAUCAACUACAAGAUUUUCUCCGAGAGUUGCCUGAGAUGCUCAAGGAGUUGAAAUUGAACGCAACAAAGAAGUGCUAUAAAUGCCAGACAGAGAAGCCGAUCAAUGAACUGUUCUACUGCAAAGACUGCCAGGAAAAGAUCUGCGAGUCUUGCAGCCGCAGUCAGCACCAAAACUGCGAAACAAUCUUAUACUCGAUGCGACGGAUUGAAAAGAUUCGCGAUGAUCUCCAAAAGAAUUCGCUUCCCCAAAUCGAUGAUCAUGAGGGGAUUUUCCGAGAGAAAUAUGGAAAACUUUUAAGGGAUAUUGAAGCUUUUAAAGAGAAAAUGUCAUUGCAUUUGGAUCAUUUUGACAACUCAGAGCUCUCUGAAGCCUUGGAUCGACAAGAGAAACUUACAAAAAAUCUUCAAAAACUUGAGCACAUUGCUGAGAAAUUUCUUCCACAUUUUCGAAUUUUCGACACAGAGAUGCAAGAUCUCUUGAAGACGAUCGAUGAGGAAAUUCAAGUCCCGGAUCCUGCUCAU